UGUUGACCUCUCCGGUCCUACUUGCUGCCUGAUACUGCAGAAAGAAAGAAAGAAAGAAAGAAGCUGAAAGAUGAAGACUUUGGCUAUCCUGGUUCUCUGCUCCCUGGCAGCCAUCUGUCUGACUUCAGAUGGCUCCCAGCCUGCCAUUGACAACCCUGCUCAGGAGGGUUUGUUUGUGGAGAGGGAGCAGGCCUCCACAGUGGUGAGGCAGAAGAGAGCCGCUGGAGAGUUAACCCUGACCCAGCUGGAGAGUCUGAGAGAAGUGUGUGAGGCCAACCUGGCUUGUGAGGACAUGAUGGACACACAGGGAAUCAUCGCCGCCUACACAGCCUACUACGGACCAAUCCCCUAUUAGUAGCCAAACCCACAACA